AUGGAAGAUGAUACAUUAGAAGCAUUAAGUCGCCUUUCACUUGAUUUACUAAACUUUCUACAAACGCAAGAUUAUGAGAACUUACUUAGUAUCACAGAUUCUUUUCCUGAAUAUUAUUCCAAAGAAAAUCAAUUUGAUGUUAUAGUAAGAAUUGAUGGUGAAGAUUAUUAUUGUAAUUCGGAUGUAUUGAUUUCACGGUCAUCGUAUUUUCGAACCGCUUUAUCACAAAAUUAUGCUGCUAAAGAAGGUUCAUAUACCAUUGUAAAGGAAUCAAAUAUUCCUCCGGAUACAUUCAAAACAAUGUUAAGAUAUUUUUAUCAGGGAGAUAUUAAUUUGAAUAAAUUAGAUGGAGGACUUUGCGUUAAUUUAUUAAGAGCAGCAGAACAUUUUAGGCUUGAAAGUUUUAUUGAAGAUUUACAGCGACAUAUAAUACAUAAUAAAACAUUGUGGUUACAACACAAUUUUAUAAGAGUUGUUAACGGAGUGUUCACAAUGGAUGGAGAUGAACGAAUACGACAUCAUUUGGUUCAUAAAUUAAAUGAUAAUCCUUGGUAUUUAUUAAAAUCAGAUGAAUUGGGCGCGUUAAGAUCAUCAUGUUUGAUAUCAUUAAUGGAGGACGAAUGCUUUAUUGUUAAUCAAGGAAUCGUGUGGGAUAUAUUAAUUAGAUGGGGAAUACAACAAAGUUCAACAUUAAGACUUGACGCUCCAAAUUGGACUUAUGAAGAUUGGAUGACAUUAAAAGGAGCUGUUAAAGAUUUGAUUCCUCGGGUUAAAUUUUCCGGGAUAUCACGUAAUGAUUAUUAUGGAAAGAUCUUACCAUUUAACAAGAUAAUAUCCGUAAAAGAAUCGAGUUUAGAGGCUGAAGAAGUAUUAAUUUGUUAUCUUAAUAAAGAUAUUGUAUCCCCUCAUAGUAAAUUAUUAAGACAAAUAUUGUUAGAUGAUAGCUCUAUAAUAAAUCAUUUUCAUGCAAAUAUUAUACUAAAAUGGAUUAAUGAAGUCAUAGCAAAAAUUCAUGGUUCCAAAGCCAUCAUUGGUGGAUUUGCCCCGAGAGGAUUAGAUUUAGGAUUUCUUACAUUAUAUACUCCUGCAAUUGAUUCCAGUUUUUUAUUUAAUUUUAAAAAUGGUGAUCCGUCAAUGGAAGUGGAAAAUACCAUAUUAUGUAAAAUGCGUACAGAUAGAGAAAUUGAAAGUGAAUACAUUCCUUAUUUAUGGACAGGUCCUAGAUUUGGUGUAAAAGAUUUGGCCAUUGAUUUACAUAAAAUGAAAGCCAUAUCUGUUCCUCAAUAUUAUGACAACCCUGUUCAUGAUUCUAAAGAAUUUAAUAUUGAUGAUGUUGAAGUUUAUCAAAUUGUUGAAUAUUAA